AGUAAACACACAGUUUGAACACACUAUCAGCUUAUCGGAUGAGAUGCAUGUAACUGUUCAUGGUGUCCACAAAACAAUUUGGACGAAAAGCCCACCUGGAAAGGAGGAUACACCUUUCGUGGACCGUUAUACAGAGCAGUGAUGUAUUUGUUAUGUAAAUGGAUGACAAAAAUGAGGAGCAACAGACUGAAAAUUGUUUUUAUGUUGUGUCUUGCUUUCGUCACUACAGGAGGACAACAUUUUGAAAGUAAAGUGGCCCAGUUACUCCAAGACGAAACAGAGCAUAUUAAAUGUUUUGUUGAGGGAAAGGAUCUCACGUGCUUUUGGGAAGAGGAGGAAGAGAGGAAUCAUAUACACGAUCAAUAUACCUUCACAUAUUCAUACGAGAAAAAGAACAAGAUGGCUUGUGCGGUUUCUUCUCUGUAUUUACUGGCCAGUAACAAAACCAUCCUCUUCUGCAAACUGCCCAAAACCCCAUUCUUCACGACUCUUGAUGUGCAGGUUCUUCGUGAUGGCCGGAUGCUCUACACUCGUAGCCUUAACGCGGAGAAUGUCUUGUUUCUAGAUCCUCCCAGAAACCUCACGGUCAUGAGCUCAGGGAAGGAAGGGCAGUUGAACGUGAGCUGGCUGCCUCCUCUGCUCAAAUACAUGGACGACAGUAUGAUAUACGAGGUCAGAUACGCAGUGGAUGGAAGUAACAUGGGCAAGGUGGAGGUCAUAAAGGUCAGCACGAGGCUCGUUUUGCUUGGCUUACAGUCCAACACCAGAUACAAGGUGUGGGUCCGUGUCAAACCCGAUGGCGUUGCCUACAAAGGCUACUGGAGUGCUUGGACCGAGCCGGUGUUUGGAGUCACACCGCCAAGCGAUGUGGAUCCGCUCAUCGUGUUACUGGUUAUUUUCAUCGGACUGAUCCUCUGCCUGCUGUCUCUGACUGUGAUUCUGUCCCACCACAAGUUUCUUCUCAAGAAACUCUGGCCUGACAUCCCGACACCAGAACACAAGUUUCCAGGUCUUUUUACAGUCUACAAAGGGGAUUUUAAGGAGUGGAUGAGCCACAAUAAUGGCAGCAUGUGGGGCAGAUCAGUCCCUGUGUACACAGAGGAGCUUCCUUCACCGCUGGAGGUUUUGUCCGAGGUUUCCCUGACCAGCCACGGCACGUCCCAGAGAGAGGAGAGGAAACCUGUGGAGGAGGACGAGGAGAAGGAGAGCGAGCGUUCGGACUCGGGGUUAACAGACAGAUGGCGAGACCCUCCUCACGCUCACUGGCUCAUGGAGCAACUGAGGGCUCUUCAAGAAAACCCAGAAUCUCGUUCCCAGUCAUCGUUACUGCAGUCACAUGACACCUAUGUCACCCUCAAUCAAGGAGACAAUGAGCAGCAGGUGGACGAUGUCUUCGAGGAGACGUUACCGCUCCAGACACUCUUCACCACCGCAGGAACAUCAUCCUUGGGCACCUCACACUCCGACCUGGGCUCCUUGCAGCAGAGCUCGGGUUCGGGCAGACUGUCGUCACAAUCCAGCUUUGAGUAUCCCAACCACACCUGGCCCCCUAAAGGGCCGGGAUACGCCUACAUGGCGGUCGCAGACUCGGGGGUCUCUAUGGACUACAGCCCGAUGAGCUCCAGCAGGAUCGCAGAGCUCGGGAAACACAGGAUGUACACAAAUGAUUACAAAAAUGAGAUUUUUCCCCACAAGUGGCCACUCUCUGGUCAAUACAUUAAAUCCGGAUAAGAGUCCUGCACGGGUCCCAUUUGGUAAACCCACAACAAUUAGGGAUAUUCACCCAAAAAUGAAUACUCUGUCAUUCUCUGCUCACCUCCAUUUCAUCAAAUCUGUAUAAAUUUCUUUCUUCUGUGGAACAUAAAAGAAGAUAUUUUGAAGAA